CUAGUUCCCUGACGGAUGUGGGGCGAACUGCUGAUUUCCGCUUCCGUCUCUGCUGUUGGCCAAUGAAGUAAAGAUGGCGGCGGCCGAGACUGAUCGUGAAGUACCGUCCGCUCUGUGUAGUGAAUUCCUCAAUUUCUCCGCAAAGGACACAGCUGCGAAAUGGCUACAGGUAGACAACCUGCCCAAAGAGGUUUACCAGCAUUUGGCCUGCUAUGUGCCCAAGAUUUACUGCCUGGGACCUAACCUGAACCCUCAGAAUGAGGAUCUGCUGGCACAGCUGCUGCUUCAGUCCCCGAUGGAGUGGUAUCUAUGUGGGGAAGAGCCCACCACAGGCUUGACCAAACUGGAACAGAGCAACCAGCCCUCACAGCUCUGCGGCCAUGUUUUCAAAGUUGGAGAGCCAACAUAUUCAUGCAGAGAUUGUGCGGCGGACCCGACAUGCGUGUUGUGUAUGCAGUGCUUCCUGGGCAGCGUUCACAAAGAGCACCGCUACAGGAUGACCACCUCAGGAGGAGGGGGCUUCUGUGAUUGCGGCGACACAGAAGCCUGGAAGAAGGGCCCUUACUGUCAGAAACACGAGCCCAACAUCAGUGACUCUUCACAGAGGGAUCCGUUGGCUAAUCUGUCAGAUGAAAUGAUCGCCCGCACAUAUAAUGUUUUCUCUAUCAUCCUGAAAUAUGCAGUGGACAUACUCACCUGGGACAAAGAAGACGAGCUCCCAGAGGGGCUCGAGCCACCGGUGCGGGGACACACAUACUACUGCAUGCUCUUCAAUGAUGAAGUCCACACGUACGAGCAGGUCAUCUACACGCUACAGAAAGCUGUGAACUGCACACAGAAAGAGGCCGUUAGUUUUGCUACCACAGUGGACAGAGAUGGCAGGAAGUCUGUUCGCUUUGGGGACUUCCAGUUCUGUGAACAGGCCAAAUCUGUUAUUGUGAGAAACACAAGUCGGCAGACGAAACCUCUGCGGGUUCAGGUCAUGCACUCCUCAGUUGUUGCCCAUCAGUGUUUCGCCCUCAAAGCUCUCAACUGGCUCGGCCAAAUAAUCAAACACUCAGAUGCUCUGAGGAGGAUCUUGUGUCAGGUGGGUCUACAGCGAGGACCGGAGGGAGAGAACUCCUCUCUGGUAGACAAACUCAUGCUCAGUGACUCCAAGAUGUGGAAAGGAGCGAGAAAUGUUUACCACCAGCUCUUCAUGAGCAGCCUGCUUAUGGAUCCAAAGUACAAGAAACUUUUCGCCAUUCAGUUUGCGAAGAACUAUGAGCGCUUGCAGAGUGACUAUGUGAAGGACGACCACGACAGGGAGUUCUCCGUCACUGACCUCUCUGUGCAAAUGUUCACCGUGCCUUCUCUGGCUCGGAUGCUGAUCACCGAGGAGAACCUGAUGACCACCAUCAUUCGAACUUUUGUGGACCACCUGAGACACAGAGACCUGCAGGGCCGCUUUCAGUUUGAACGUUACACUGCCCAACAGGCCUUCAAAUUCCGCCGAGUCCAGAGCCUUAUAGGAGACCUCAAGUACGUCCUCAUCAGCCGUCCUACAGAAUGGGCAGACCAACUCGGGGAGAAGUUUCUGGAAGGUUUCGAAGCUUUCUUGGAGCUGCUAAAAUGCAUGCAGGGAAUGGACCCUGUCGUGCGGCAGGUGGGGCAGCACAUAGAGAUGGAGCCGGAAUGGGAGGCAGCAUUCACUUUACAAAUGAAACUCACACACAUCAUAUCAAUGAUGCAGGAGUGGUGCGCUAGUGACGAGAGAGUGCUGAUUGAAGCUUAUAAGAAGUGCCUGAGCGCGCUGACUCACUGCCACAGCGGUUUCACAGACGGGGAACAGCCCAUAACCCUCAGCAUGUGCGGACACUCCGUAGACACCAUCCGCUACUGCGUCUCUCAGGAGAAAGUCAGCAUUCACCUGCCUGUGUCACGCCUUUUAGCAGGUUUACAUGCUCUGCUGAGCAAAACAGAAGUUGCCUAUCGGUUCCCUGAGCUUCUGCCACUCAGUGAACUGAGUCCACCGAUGUUGAUUGAGCACCCGCUCCGCUGUCUAGUGCUCUGUGCCCAGAUGCAUGCUGGGAUGUGGAGAAGAAACGGGUUUUCGUUGGUCAAUCAGAUUUAUUAUUAUCACAAUGUGAAAUGCAGGGUGGAGAUGUUUGAUAAAGACCUCAUCAUGCUUCAGGCUGGAGCUUCCAUGAUGGAUCCAAAUCACUUCCUGAUGAUCGUGCUAAGCCGUUUUGAGCUCUAUCAUAUCUUCAGCUCGGCAGACUGCAGGAAGAGAUACAGCCGGGACAAUGCUAACAAGGAUGUGGUACAGCAGAACAACACUCUAAUCGAGGAGAUGCUGCAUCUGGUCAUUAUGGUCGUGGGUGAGAGAUACACAGCAGGUGUUGGUCAGGUGGAGAGCACUGAUGAGAUAAAGCGAGAGAUUGUUCACCAGCUGUGUAUUCGUCCCAUGGCACACAGCGAGCUGGUCAAAGCCCUGCCGGAGAAUGAGAAUAAGGAGACGGGCAUGGAGAGGGUCAUUGAUAGCGUGGCUUUGUUUAAGAAACCUGGUGUGACGGGCAGAGGACUUUAUAAACUCAGACCAGAGUGUGCCAAGAUGUUCAAUCUUUACUUCCAUCAUUACUCCAGAGCAGACCAGUCCAAGGCUGAAGAGGCUCAGAGGAAGCUAAAGAGGCAAAAUGAAGAUUCAGUUUUACCUCCUCCAGUUCUUCCUCAUUUCUCUCCGCUGUUCGGCAGCCUUGUGAACAUCUUGCAGUGUGACGUACUGCUAGGGAUUCUGGGAGCUGUGCUGCAGUGGGCCAUGGAGCCUAGUGGAGGACAUUGGUCCGAAUCUAUGCUACAGAGGGUGCUGCAUCUUCUAGGCAUGGGUCUGGUGGAAGAGCAGCAGCAUUUAAUGAGCAGUGCAGAUGAUACCGACACAAGCUUUAACUUCACGCUCAAGAUCUCCAGGCCAGGCGAGGCUCCUGGAAACGCUCCCAGCAUCUUAGCUUUACUGGAAACACUGCAGAACGCACCUCAUCUGGAGGUGCACAAGGACAUGAUCCGCUGGAUUCUUAAGACGGUGGGUCACAUUAAGACCACCCGUGAGUGCACAGCCAGUGCAGCCCCAGCUGACAGCUCAGGGCACAGCCAAGAGGAGACGGUGCGGGAUAAAGAUAAGGCGGAGCGGAAGAGGAAAGCAGAGAUGGCACGCCUGCGGAGAGAGAAGAUCAUGGCUCAGAUGUCAGAGAUGCAGAGACACUUUAUCAACGAGAACAAGGAGCUGUUCCAGCAGAGUCUGGAGGACCUGGAUGCCACCACUUCAGCAUCACUGGAACACAGCCCCAGUACUUGUGACAGUGCUCUAGUGUGUGUGGGUCCACGGCGGUGGCAUGCCAGUGGCAGUGACAGGAGGCAGGUGGUGACGUGUAUCCUGUGCCAGGAAGAGCAGGAGAUCAAAGUCGACGGCAAAGCUAUGGUGCUUGCUGCCUUCGUCCAACGCUCCACGGUUAUGUCCAAGAACCGCAAGAGACCUCCUUAUAACCCGGAUAAGUAUGACCCUCUCUUCAUGCACCCUGACCUGUCGUUUGGCACACACACGGGCAGCUGCGGGCACAUCAUGCACUCGCAUUGCUGGCAGAGGUAUUUUGAAGCGGUGCAGGCUAAAGAGCAGCGUCGGCAGCAGAGGCUCCGCGUUCACACCAGUUACGAUGUGGAGAACGGAGAGUUCUUGUGCCCGCUCUGCGAGUGUCUGAGCAACACGGUCAUCCCCCUGCUGCCCCUCACUAAGACCAUCUGCAGCACUGAUCAACCUGAUCUGAAGCAGUGGGUGAACAUCACCUACCAGCAGACCAAAGCCCUGCAUGCUGCUCACAGGAAGACCGCGUCCACCAGUGAUGAACAGACAGAGAGUGCUCAUGAUUGCCAUCCUCCUGAUGGCUUCAGACUGGACCACACUCCAAAGAAUCCAUACUCAAGCACCAUAAAAGAGAUGUUGACCACAUUUGGCACGUCCACGUAUAAAGUUGGUCUUAAGGUGCAUCCUAAUGAGCAGGACCCCCGCGUGCCAAUCAUGUGCUGGGGCAGCUGCGCCUACACCAUCCAGUCCAUAGAGCGAUUGCUGGUAGAUGAAGAAAAGCCUUUGUUUGGAAGUUUACCAUGCAGACAGGACGACUGCUUGAGCUCUCUGACUCGCUUCGGCUCGGCCUGCUGGACUGCCUCAUCUCAAGCUGUUGUGCAGAGUCAUUUUAUUAGGCUCCUAGCAGCCCUUGUUCCUGAUUCCCAAGUGGAGAACACCCCAUGUAUUCUGGAUACAGACAUGUUCCACCUGCUGGUGAGUCUGGUGCUGUCCCAUCCAGCGCUUCACUGUUUAGAUUCCUCAGGGAUGAGUUCAGAUACAGCACAGCUGUACUUCCUGCAGCUGGUCAUUGUUGCUUACCUGGUCCAGAUUCUACUCACCUCCAUACCAGAGGAAGUACAGAUGGAGCAGGAGAGCGGAGGAGCAGAGAGGGAGGAGGAGGAGAGCGUGUGUAUGCUAUACAACACUUUGAGGACACACCUGAGCAGUGGACUGCGUGAGGUGAGCUCAGGCUGGCAUUUGUUGCGCUCUAUGAAAGCAGGAAUCCUGCCCUUUCUAAGAACAACAGCGCUGUUCUUCCAUUAUCUGAACGGAGGUCCGGCACCACCCGAGCUACAUGCUGUAGGUGUGGGUGAAUGGGAGGCUCUGUGUGGAUACUUGUGUCUGCCCUCCAACCUGCUUCAGCUCUACUACAACAACCGGGAGCUGCUGGAACCUCUGCUGCAGGGGUGGUGCUCCCAUCCAGGUGUGCUGCAGGGUCUUCACAACAGCACGACUCUCAUCAGGUUUCCCAGAGAGUCGAAUCAUCUGAUAGAGCUGCCAGAAGACUACAGCGCUCUCAUCAACCAGGCCUCCAGCUUCACAUGUCCCAAAUCAGGCGGCGAUAAGUCUCGUGCUCCCACGCUGUGUCUGGUGUGCGGUGCCAUGCUGUGCUCUCAGAGCUACUGCUGUCAGACCGAGCUGGAGGGUGAUGAUGUGGGCGCUUGCACGGCGCACACCUUCGCGUGCGGGGCCGGAGUCGGCAUUUUUCUCAGGGUGCGGGAAAGUCAGGUCCUGUUCCUGGCUGGUAAAACUAAGGGGUGUUUCUACGCUCCCCCAUAUCUUGAUGACUAUGGGGAAACUGACCAAGGGCUCAGACGGGGAAACCCUUUACACUUGUGCCAAGAGCGUUACAGAAAGAUCCAGAAAUUGUGGCGCCAGCACAGCAUCACAGAGGAGAUCGGUCAUGCCCAAGAGGCCAACCAGACUCUGGUGGGGAUUGACUGGCAACACCUGUGAAGUCAUGUAACACCUUAUCAGCCUCAAAGGAACAGCUCACCCAAAAAUAAAAGUUGUCAUUUUCUGCCCUCAUGUCAUUGGAGAGUGUUUAGAACGCAAAGGGAAAUGUUUUUUAUAUUGUUGAUGCUGCUUUUUCUUAAAAUGAAAGUCAAUGGUGACUGAGUCAUUCAGUUCGUAACAUUUUGUGUUAUGUUUGGAAUAGAUAUCGACACGGGAUAUGAGGGUGAAUAAAUGAUAACCUUUAGAGUGAAUUGUUCUUUUAACACAUAAGGGGACCCGCACAUCCGGGCUAGAGGUUGCUAAGGCAUCGCCCAAGGCCUCUUGCUCUCCUCCACCCCUUCAUCUUUCUGACAGUGGAUGAAUGCAUGACUUUUUUUUCAGUCUUGGGGGAGAUUUUUCCCUCCCCUUUUUCUUUUUUUAAUAUGAUAUAUUAAUUUAAAAAGAUAUAUAUCCAAGGUAGUGAACUGCAUCAACAAUGCAGUUGCGACACAAAUACUAUUGCUUCAAGUAAUAUUAAAUUAUUUUCAAGCCUAGUUUGUUGAAAUAGAUUGAAGAAGGCUUGCAGAUGGCUGGUAAGCACAAAUGUCCAUCAGUUUCCGUGCAGGUUUAGCACCACCUUUGGCCCUUCAGCAUCAUCUGCCUCCCCAUUUAAAAUGCUGCAAUAUGGUUUUGUUUUGGCCACCUAAUUAAUGUGCUCGGAGACAUCGUUACAAAACAAGCCAAUGUAUGGAAGAGCAUGUAAAUUUGUCCUUCAAGCGUCUGGUUUACGUUUGUGUGUAUGUGUGUGUCAGAGAGAGUGUUUUUACUUGUUUAGCUUGUAAGUUUCUAAUAGGAUGGAUUUAUACUGUGGUCUGUUAUCUUUUUAGACUGUUUGUUUCUCGCCCUUCUUUUGUGCCGUGCGGUAUUUGUGUUUCUCGCAGGUUGUUUGUUGUAUGUGAUCUUUGGAAACUUGCUUUCCACAAAUUGAAGCGGCUCUAAACGUAAUUUCGACGUGUGUGCCGUGUUGUCUUAGUUUUUUCACAGUUUCUUUCUGGUUUUGCUGCCCGUAACGGAAACAGAAAUGCACGUCGUCCAUAAUUCAGUUUCAGCAUCUGUUUCUUUUUAGAUUGUCUUUUGUUUAUCUUUACAGCGGCCUGAUGCUUAAGUACUAAACAUUUUUAUUUUGGGUCAGACAUACACAUACAAACACACAGUUGCUUCUUUUACAACUGUUUUUUUCGCCUCACUCGAUUCAGAUAAAACCGUUUCUAAUCGGAGACUCUUCCAGCGGGUGCAGCAGUAUUUCACAUCCCAACCUGACUUGUUAAUAUGUGAAUUCUUGUAUAAAUGGUAUUCUUGUAUAAAUGGGUACAUUGUACUAUACUGUAAAACAAUAAUGAAAUAAAACUGAAAAAAGA